CGAUGAAUUUCGACAGGACGCUACUGGUAAAUUCAACGCAGCGUACUCCGAUAAGAAGCAAACGAUCAAAGCAGUUAUUGCAAAGGGAAGACACACUAAAUCUAUCGCCGAUCCUCAACGAAACUUCCAUUUUUAAAACUUUGAACGAUACUAGUCUUCGUCAAGUCUUAGAUGAGUCUUCAAUAUUAGUGAAUACUGGAAAUGCCGGCGAUGGCUUGGGCGAAGCUUUCUUCGAGGUCAUACAAACCAGUCGUGCGAGCGAUGUCCUCGAUACAUUAGCGAGAUUAGGCCAAGUGUGUUGUGAUUCCCUGGAACUCGUGGAGCCGUGGAAUAGGUACAAUGUGCAGAAUUAUUGGCUGGCGGAAGAGGCUAAUACAUGGAAACUGCUUCAUUGUUUAUAUGCUGAUUCUAUUACUGAACACCCAGAAUCUUUGGACUCCCUAUUGACAGAAACUACACUAUCCCAGCAAAAUUUGGUCGGAGCUUUAUUUCAAAGUGAUUCGGAACUUCGCCUUCUGCAAUUGCUGGUAGACUGGCUUGAAGCUACAGCAUCCUAUCAAGAAGAAGCAACUAAAACAUCAGCCCCUGUCAUAGUAAACAACAUACAUUGGGGUAAUACACUACAUGAGCUGACUAUUGGUACGAGUUUGUUUAACAAAGAUCAGAAUAACAAAUAUAAGUCGAUGAUCACAUGUAUGGACCCCGAUGCACCGAGAAGACAAAAGAAAACAAUACACUCUGAUGAUCAAAAGGAUGACAAUGAUCUAUGUAAGCGUGUUUUUACUGAAGUGCGGUGUGGGAAAUUUAGAGAAGCUGUUUCUAUUUGCUUAAAUGCUGGUCAAGCUUGGCGUGCUGCUGUGUUGCAGGGAUGGAUUUUGCUGCACUAUUUACCUAGAGAAGAUCCUAAUUCUCCUUUGGAAAUUUCUGGCAAUCCAUCUAGGGAUCUAUGGAAGUGGUGUGCUCUGGGCAUAGCAAGCAAUGCUGCAGAGAAUAUUUAUUUUAAGGCUACAGUUGGCAUUUUGUGUGGUCAUUUGGAAAGUACACUUCCAGCAUGUCAAGGAAACUGGGAAGACCUAUUGUGGGCUCAUUUAAGGAUACAAAUUGAAGCUAGAGUUGAUAAAUUCUUACAUGAACACCAUGCCACUGUUGAUGCAAGUACAACCACACCCUAUGUUCUAGACCUGUUACAGUCGGAGCUUAAAGUUGAAGAGGUAUCUUUGCAACAAGUUUUUAGUGCUGUUAAAGCACUGAUGGAUGGUAAAAAAGAAUCUAACUAUCAAACAUGCCAAAGAUAUCUAAUGCUAGGUCAUGUAAGAGCCAUAAUGCAAGAUUCCUUACAGUGGCUAGAAGAGUCAGAAGAGAGAUUUAUUAGAUUUCUUGCUCAUCUGGUUCUAGUACUCCGUUUAAUGGGAAAAGAUCCUCAACAUGAUGUUGGUGACAAGGUUUUGGAGAAGUAUAUCACCCAACUGAUUGAAAAACUAAUUGAUGGUUCUGUGGCAUGUCCUGAACUAAUAGCUUACUAUAUUUCUACUGUACCGAUUGCUAGACAAAUUAAUUUGUAUGCAGAAUUGAUGGAUCGUGUACACAAGAGUGACUUUAGAGGGGGUGUUGUUACGGCAGGAAUCAGUGCAGGGAUUGAUGUGGCGGCUUCAGCAAGAGUUGCUAUAAAGAAGGCAAUAACUGAUAUUCAACAAGGUUAUGGUAACAUUGAUUUGACAUUCACUCAAACCACUGCUGUUGAAAAGGAUAAAACUCUGAUAAACAAAGUGAUAUCCUCUCUUGAAUGGCUGUCACUUAUUUCUAAUCAACUUGAAGAAGCUUUGUGGCUGAGUAAUGCUAUGGUUCGUACCUUUAUUUUCAUUGGAAAUACUGAUGCUGCUCUGAAUUGUGUCAGUAAUGUAAACAGAAUGUUCCCAGACUUUAUGAACAAAGUGUCUUCAAACUCUUCUGAACUGAGAGAACAUCUGUGCUUGAAAGCUUAUUUGGAAGCUCUUGAAGGUUUUGCAACUUGGUACAGGCACUUUAUAAGUGGUCAGCCAAAAGAUGUGGAGCCAUUACCUCCAGAUGCGUCAUUUUCUGACAAAGUGCAUCAUGAGCAGAAAUGUGCUCAGGUGGAACAACAGAAGGCUCGUUGGACAAAUGCUGUGCUCAGUCAAUCGCGUCACACAAAAAAUUUGUUGUACAAUGUGUUGCUGUUCCCAGGUGGAUGGCUGCAAGACGAAAAUGAUAGUACAUCUUCACAUAACUUCAGUGAGGAUGAAAAGUUAGAGAGAGCCAAGCAAUUAGAAACAUUGAGACGUCUAUGUAUACCUGAAGUUGUUAUAUUGAUUCUCAAAAUCUUGCAAAGUGGUGACAAUAUAGAGAAUCACAAGGAAGCUGUAAAACUAGGCAAUUUGAUUGCAGCAGAAAACAGAUCUUUAUACAAAGUAUUCACCAAGAGUAAACUAAUGGAAGUAUUGGAUAGAAUCAAAGAAUCAUCAUUGUUUUUAUUGGAGAAGGGAAGAGAUAUGUUUGGUUAUGAAAUAAGUGAAUAA